UUGGCUGGGUGGUGUUGGUUGAUGCUAUAAGCGAAGAGCAAGCAGCCUGCAGGAAUGGUUGUUGUGGAGUUUGUUUAGCCCAUCGGCGUAGCAGACAUUCACGUAUUUACUGCCUGGGCGGUGAGGGUAUGGUGAAAGCAGAGAAGCCAGCUGGCCCUGACGACGAUGACCUCACUUCCCUCACGUGGCUGCAAGACAAGAACCUCCUCAAGGGAAUGAACCUGCGUACGGCGAGCAAUGCCGGGGCGCAGGGCUCCCCGACAAGCGACUACGUGGAUGAGGGCAGCUGCUGCUCGACCGGAGAGCCCCCUGCCAGCGACUCGAGCGGCUGCUCCUCCAGUGGGCGCUCGCCUGCCAGUCCCGGCUCCGCCAUUGCCGUAGCUGCCACCGCCACUGCCACGGGCACCACCCCCGGCACCACGCCCGUAACGGGUGCAGCCGCUGUCGCUGUGAUGGCUGCCCGCGGCAAGCAUCCGCAGCAUGUCCCCUAUGACCCUCUGGUUCACAUUAAUUCCAAACCCCCUUAUUCCUUUUCCUGCCUCAUCUUCAUGGCGAUCGAGGACUCUCCGGGCCACGCACUACCGGUGAAGGAGAUCUAUGCUUGGAUACUGGAUCACUUCCCGUACUUCAAGAAUGCACCCACUGGAUGGAAGAAUAGUGUGCGGCACAAUCUCUCUCUCAACAAAUGCUUCCGGAAGGUCGAGAAGGCACCAAAUUUGGGUAAAGGUUCCCUGUGGAUGGUUGACCCGAUGUACCGACCGAACCUCGUGCAGGCACUUGCGAAGUCGCCCUUCCAUCCGUACAGCACCAUUGUCAGCAGAACUGCUUCUGUGAAUAGCAGUCCGGGCUCCGGUUCGCUGCCGAGCACCCCGGCGAAGGCACCGCCGUCCCCCGGCCGCGCGGCUCGUCAGCAGUCUCCCCCGGCCACUGCCGCAAGUAGCAGUGGGAAUGGCAGUGGCGGUGGCAGCAGUGGCGGCAGCAGCAACAGCAGCAGCGUCAGCACUGGCAGUGCCAACAGCAACAACAACAACAACAACAGCACCGGCACCAACAGCAACAGCAGCACCACCAGCAAUACCAGCACCAGCGUCAGCCCGGCCAGUGCCAACAACAGCAACAGCAACAACAACAAUAGCAACAACAACAACAACAACAACGUUCCCGACCCGACGCUUUUCCCGUUUCUCAGUCGUCGACUCGCACUGAGUACCACCCCGCAGUCGGGAUCCCCCCCGCCAUCGCAACCCUCCGCCCAAGUGAGCCGCGACGACAGCCUCGACGAUGUGGAUGCUGCGGCGGCGAUGCUAGCUCUGAAGCACGCGCAUCUCCGUAUACCGCGCAGAGAUGACUGGUACAAAAGGCUGCGUGAAGAAACCUCUGAAGCUGUAGGACUUCGCAAGAAAAUGAGAGUAUCAUCUAGACCUGGCCAGACGGAGGAGCGAAUGGUGAUCACGACAUCGCCGAGUGAGGACCACACGUACAGUGCCGCCCUCAACCUAUCGGCCCGCUCCUCUGGAAAUGUCGCCGUGUCGACUACGCCUGCAGGCCCUCACGGGCCCCACGCCCCGCCUUCCACGACUUCCUCGCCGGACGAGGCUUUCGAGGAAGGUUCUGACUCGGAUGACGGAACUGACGGAAAAAACACUCGACUGGGUCGCGGAGCGACUGUCGACACCGUACCGUCGGUGACGUCUGCGCACCGCAUCCUCUACAACCGCCAGGAUCGAGGGGACACCUCGGACGAGGAGCGGCGCAAGAUCGCGGAAGGUGCCGAUGCCCUCCUCAACUUGGCCGGGAUUCGCACUGACGGAGGAGCGCUCUCCCCUCCCACCUCACUCGUGGCACCGAGCCCUGCUCCACCGCCACUGCAGAAUCCAGCUCCGGCACCACAGGCGACUCAGCCUCCGCCUUCUUCGGUGUAUUCUGGCCCGAGGAGCAGGCGCCGCAAGAAACCGCCUCCGCCGUCGUCACGGGCCGUUGCGACCCAGAAGUACCAGCACCACCGUUCCUCGUCGGGACACGGGAGUGGUUCGCACGGAGAGAAGAGGGGUAGUGGCUCCUCCACCACUUCGCGGAGGUAGGGCCACUCGCACCGUGGCUGUAGUGCGGUAGUGGCCACUCGGAGUGGCGUGUCGGCUCCCUGGGCGUUUUGAGAAAGUUCGCGUAUAGCGAGUUGGAACCACCCGGGUCGUACACGGACCGAGGGAGAAAAAUGUGAGUCCACUUUUUUCGUGGUUGUGUGGGGGCUUGACCGGUCUUUCUAAUUUUGUUUUAAUACACGCCUUCUCGUAAUCUGCCGUCUCUUCUUUCUCACAAAAAUACUGCUUAUUGGCUUGUGUUAUGCUGCACACAACUUUAGCAGAAUAAAGCAAUUCGUAACACCUUGACUUAAUGGGAUUUGCUCAUUCAGUUAACUCUUAACCAAAGAAUUUGGUUGUCCUGUUGAAAAUUUGGCUUUCUUUAAGUCAUCGAAGGUCUUCCUUACCUCUGUUCUUGUGUGAUGCAUUUAUCUCGUGCAUUCAAAACAGUAAUGAGAUUCCCAUUCAAUUAAUAUAUGAGGAAUAUAAUGGCUUUCAGUUAGUGGAUUGAUACAAGGUUUCCUAGUAUCACAAAACAAAACAAUUUUGUCUCAAUUGUUUUCAGAACAUACUUCCAAUUGGUUUAAUAACUUUCUUGUACACAUGCAUGUGCAGUUACAUGCCAGUUACAUAUAUGCAUUUUACUUUUUUAUGUUGCUAGGAAAGCUUCUGUUGCCUUUUUGGUUAG